CUUGUAGAAACCGAUUUGCCGUCCUUCAACCGUCCCCAUCUGUGAAGGAAGACUUUCAUCUGGUUUAAUUCUACCUGUCGUCUUGAAUGGUAUUGUUUUUGCUCUUUCUUUUCCUGGCAGCUGCAACACAAAUUUAUUAAGACCUUAGUUUGGAAAGUAUAAUGUGUAUAGGCAAUGUUUAUUUCAAUGAUUUGUGGCAUCUCAUCACUUAAAUGUGUUAGGUGGCUGGUGGAAGCAGGAGCCCCGACUACCCAAGGAGCCAUGUUGACAGAUGUAUAUUCUGUGAAGUUUUUUAGAGUAAAUACUAGACACUGUUGUACUACUUGCAACUAUGUACUGUUUGUUGUAUACUAUUUUAAAACUAUUUGCUGUACUAUUUCUUUUUAGGUAUUGUUGUUUGGAUAUAUAAGUCUAUUCAUACGGGAGACUUGGUUAAGCUACUCUGACCUAUGACACUCUCCGGUUUGCUGAGUUUGAAGAUUUCCCUGAGACCUCAGAGCCCGUUUGGAUACUGGGUAGAAAAUACAGCAUUUUCACAGAAAAGGACGAGAUCUUGUCUGAUGUGGCAUCUAGACUUUGGUUUACAUACAGGAAAAACUUUCCAGCUAUUGGGGGGACAGGCCCCACCUCGGACACAGGCUGGGGCUGCAUGCUGCGGUGUGGACAGAUGAUCUUCGCCCAGGCCCUGGUGUGCCGGCACUUAGGUCGAGAUUGGAGGUGGACACAGCGCAAGAGGCAGCCAGACAGCUACUUCAGUGUCCUCAACGCUUUCCUUGACAGGAAGGACAGUUACUACUCCAUUCACCAGAUAGCACAAAUGGGAGUCGGUGAAGGCAAGUCUAUAGGCCAGUGGUACGGGCCGAACACCGUCGCCCAGGUCCUCAAGAAGCUUGCUGUCUUCGACACGUGGAGCUCCCUGGCAGUUCACAUAGCGAUGGACAACACUGUGGUGAUGGAGGAAAUCAGAAGGUUGUGCAGGACCAGCUUUCCCUGUGCCGGGGCCGCCGCCUUUCCCACAGAUCCCGACCGGCACUGCAAUGGAUUCCCUGCCGGAGCUGACGUCACCACCAGGCUGUCACCGUGGAGACCCCUGGUCCUACUCAUCCCACUGCGCCUGGGGCUCACGGACAUCAACGAGGCCUACGUGGAGACGCUGAAGCGCUGCUUCAUGAUGCCCCAAUCCCUGGGGGUGAUCGGGGGGAAGCCCAACAGCGCCCACUACUUCAUCGGUUACGUGGGGGAGGAGCUUAUCUACCUGGACCCCCACACGACGCAGCCGGCGGUGGAGUUCGCAGAUAGCGGCCUCAUCCCUGACGAGAGCUUCCACUGCCAGCACCCGCCCUGCAGGAUGAACAUUGGGGAGCUCGACCCGUCCAUUGCUGUGGGAUUCUUCUGUAAGACUGAGGACGACUUCAAUGACUGGUGCCAGCAAGUGAAAAAGCUGUCGCUGCGUGGAGGCGCCCUGCCCAUGUUUGAGCUGGUGGAGCAGCAGCCUUCUCACCUGGCCUGCCCUGAUGUCCUGAACCUGUCCCUAGAUUCUUCUGAUGUAGAGCGACUGGAAAGAUUCUUUGACUCGGAAGAUGAAGACUUUGAAAUCUUGUCCCUUUGAAACCCUGGGGUCUGGGG